AUUCUAAUUUUAGUUCUAUUCCUAUUCUAUUCUCCAUUCUAAAAAUCAGUCAAACCCGGGGAGUUGCAAGGACACUCAUGACGUCACCCCCUCUCUUUCUGCCUCGCGCCCUGUCGCUUCCCGCUGAACUACACCUCCCAGCAUGCCUCAGCCCCAGCCGCCAUAGCCGAGGCUCCCGGGAGCUGUAGUUUCCCGCCGUCUGACAGGGCCGCCCCUCUCAUCUCUUCCCAGCCCCCUUGCCUUAGCCAUGCCGACCGCCCGGGCCUCUGAGCCGCCUCCGAGCUUCCUUCUACCCCGCCGCCUCCUUUUCCUCCGGGGACCCACGGCGGGCCCGAAGCCCUCGGCUAAAACCCGGGCCGUCGCCUUUCGCGGCCUUCCCGGGAAGCCGCCGCCCGCCAUCCUCCCGCCCCCCCCCCACCCCGCCGCCGCGCCACCCGGCCGGCCUCUCUGGGCGUCGUCCCUUGUUUCCCGCCGGGCCGCUUGGGUCGUUGCCCUCCGCUGACUUCCGGCGUUGCCGGGGAGCCGCCGGGAGAGGGGGAUGCGGCCGGGUGGCGGCGGCUGCUGCUGCUGCUGGCGGGGCGGGCGAUGGCGCGGCGGCCCUGAGGGCCUCGAGGAGGAGGAGGAGAAGGGAGGAAGAAGAAGAGGAGGAGGAGGAGGAAGGCGGCGCUGAGGCGGCCGGCGGGGCCGGGGCUCCGUCGUCGUCGUUGUCGUUGCCGCCGCCGUCGUCGCCUCCUCCUCCGCCGCCCAGGGCAGCCUGAGCCUGAGUCGGGGCCGGCCCGCCUGCCCCGGCCCCCCCGACACGGAGCGAGAGGAGCGGUUCGGCGGAGGGAAGAAGGAGAAGAGGAGGAGGAGGAGGAGGAGGCGGCGAGGAGGAGGGGGGAAAAUGAAGCUCCUGAAGCCGACCUGGGUCAACCACAACGCCAAGCCGAUAUUUUCAGUUGACAUUCAUCCAGAUGGGACCAAGUUUGCAACCGGAGGGCAAGGACAAGAUUCCGGGAAAGUUGUAAUAUGGAAUAUGGCUCCUGUCCUCAAGGAGGAGGACGAAAAGAAUGAGAAUGUACCCAAAAUGCUUUGUCAGAUGGACAAUCAUUUAGCCUGCGUGAAUUGUGUGCGGUGGUCAAACAAUGGCAUAUACCUUGCCUCAGGGGGAGACGACAAACUGAUCAUGAUCUGGAAGAGAGCAGCGUACAUUGGGCCCAGCACCGUAUUUGGUUCCAGUAGUAAGCUUGCUAACGUAGAGCAGUGGAGGUGUGUCUCAAUUCUGAGAAGCCACUCAGGCGACGUCAUGGACGUGGCGUGGUCCCCUCACGACGCGUGGCUAGCAUCCUGCAGCGUGGACAACACGGUUGUGAUCUGGAAUGCUCUCAAAUUCCCCGAAAUCCUUGCCACUCUGAAAGGUCACUCCGGCCUGGUUAAGGGGCUCACCUGGGACCCCGUUGGGAAAUAUAUUGCAUCUCAAGCGGAUGACCGAAGUUUGAAAGUCUGGCGAACCAUGGAUUGGCAGCUAGAAACCAGCAUUACCAAACCUUUUGAUGAAUGUGGAGGCACAACGCACGUGUUGCGCAUCAGCUGGUCUCCUGACGGGCAUUACCUGGUCUCGGCCCAUGCGAUGAAUAAUUCUGGGCCCACCGCCCAGAUCAUUGAGAGGGACGGAUGGAAAACCAACAUGGAUUUUGUCGGCCACCGCAAGGCAGUGACAGUAGUGAAAUUCAAUCCAAAAAUCUUUAAAAAGAAGCAAAAGAACGGCAGCUCCACCAAACCCAGCUGCCCUUAUUGCUGUUGUGCAGUUGGGAGCAAAGACCGAUCUCUUUCUGUCUGGCUGACGUGUCUGAAAAGGCCAUUGGUCGUCAUACAUGAGCUGUUUGACAAGUCCAUCAUGGAUAUCUCAUGGACUUUGAACGGCCUUGGCAUUUUAGUGUGCUCCAUGGAUGGAUCGGUGGCAUUUCUGGAUUUUUCCCAAGACGAGCUUGGAGACCCCCUGAGCGAGGAAGAGAAGAGCAACAUCCACCAGUCGACGUACGGUAAAAGUUUAGCUAUCAUGACGGAGGCACAUCUCUCGACCGCUAUUAUCGAGAAUCCGGAAAUGCUGAAGUACCAGCAAAGGCAGCAGCAAGUGGAGAAGAAGAAUGAGGCCCUCAGAGACGGAAUGGGCCCGGCAGCAGCAGCCCUAACGGCGCCUAAGCUGGCCAGCAUGGUGAAUGGAGAAAGCUUAGAGGACAUUAGAAAGAACCUUUUAAAGAAACAAGUCGAGACCAGGACGGCUGAUGGUCGGCGAAGGAUCACACCGCUCUGCAUAGCUCAGUUGGACACAGGUCUGAACGCUACCUCGACAUCAGCUGCUCUCCCCGCCGCUUCGUCCUCGGUGCUGCCCACCUCUUCUAAGAUUGAGCCCAUGAAGGCUUUCGAUUCUCGGUUUACGGAGCGAUCCAAACCCACCUCAGGGACGUCCCCCGUCUCGCACACCAAUCAGGUUACCUUGGACAGGUUGAAGGAGCAGAACUCUGUUCGGGAAAACAAGCCCAGGGAUCUCCUAGAAAGUAGCAGCGAUAGUGAAGAGAAGCUGGCCAUCAAACCCUUGUCGCUCUCCAAGCGGAAGUUGGACCUUGACGUUGAAAAGAAGAAGAAAGGAAGACCUCGGAAAGACUCCCGGCUCAUGCCUGUCACUUUAACCGUUCAGUCUCCGGCUAUAUUAGCAACUGAGAAAGAUGGUGCUUGUCAUAGUACACCGUUAGCGCUUAAAUUGCCGAACCCAGUUCUGCAGAAAUCGUUCGCAUUGCAGGUGAGCUCCGAUCCCUCCAUGUAUAUUGAAGUGGAAAACGAGAUCACGACCGUGGGAGGAGCCAAACUUAGCAGACUGAAGUGCAACCGAGAAGGGAAAGAGUGGGAAACGGUGCUCACCAGCCGAAUUCUCUCUGCGGCGGGAAGCUGCGAAGUGGUGAGCGUGGCCUGUGAAAAGCGGACCCUCUCUGUGUUUUCGGCGUGUGGCCGUCGCCUUCUCCCUCCCAUCGUUCUCCAUUCCCCCAUCUCCACGUUGCACUGUACAGGGUUUUACAUCAUGGCGCUCACAACGGCUGCGACCCUCUCUGUCUGGAACGUGCGGAAGCAGUCAGUGGUGGUGAAAGACGAGUCCCUACAAACCAUUUUAGCAGGAAGUGAAACCACCGUCUCUCAGAUCUUGCUGACUCAGCAUGGCAUCCCAGUGAUGAAUAUGUCGGACGGAAGAGCAUAUUGCUUUAAUCCUUCUCUGUCUUCUUGGAACCUUGUCUCUGACAAGCAGGAAACGUUGGCACAGUGUGCAGACUUCAGGAGCAGCCUACCAUCCCAGGAGGCCAUGCUGUGUUCGGGACCUCUAGCCAUCAUACAAGGACGAAUGUCUAACUCUGGGCGGCAGGCAGCCAAAUUGUUCUCCAUGCCUCAUUUGGUGCAGCAAGAAACCACUACAGCGUACUUGGAGAACCAGGUGGCCUCUGCUUUGGCUUUACAGUCAAGUCAUGAAUAUCGUCACUGGCUGCUUAUUUACGCACGGUACCUGGUUAAGGAAGGCUUUGAAUAUCGCUUGAGGGAAUUAUGCAAGGAUUUGUUAGGUCCUGUCCACUCUUCCUCUGGAAGUCAGUGGGAAUCAACGGUCGUGGGCUUACGGAAAAGGGACCUGCUGAAGGAACUGUUGCCCGUCAUCGGGCAGAACCUUCGUUUCCAGCGACUUUUUACGGAAUACCAGGAGCAGCUGGACAUUUUGAAAGACAAGUAGCGUCCUCCGAGAUCUUUCUCCAGCCUAUAGGAGACCAGGGAAGAAGAAGAAGAAGAAGAAGAAGGAAUAGAAGGUCCGUUGGCAGAAGCUAACACUCCUGAAAAACGCGGGGGGCAGGAGCCAGGCCUGGGGUCUUUUAACAAGCUAAAAUGUUGCCGUUUUUAAAAAGAAGAUUGCAAGAGGGAAGUGUGAACAUCUGGGGGAAGCGAAAGGAUGUGUUUCUUGGUUCUCUCCUGGAAGUUGAGCCUCGCAGAUCUGAAGUUGAGAUUUCCAGAUCUGAUGUACCAGUUAUCAAAGAGACACGUUUUUAGUGAGCCUUUUGAAUAUCCUUUGGGAAAAAAAGCACAUUACAAGAAGCUAAACUGAAUGUCAUACAAAGCCCUCAUUUUGGGGUUCUUUAACUGAGGAUUUAUGUAUUGGGGAGAUAAAAGGAGGAGCCGCCCAAAACAGGAAACCCUAAAAAUUCCUACAGAAUUAUGCAGCCCACACAAAAAAACAAAAAACACUCUUUAAUUGCGGAUCACAAUUAGAAACGAGGGGCUGUUUUGAUCACCACGGACUAUUUUUAUACUAGAAUUUGCUAACUUGUAAUAUGAGAAUUUUAUUUGGCCAAUAAUUUCCCCCGUCCCGUCCCCCCCUCCCCCCCAUGUCCUCUUGUCGUAUCAAAACGUAACUUCAUUAAUUAUGACAGCUACGUUGCUGAACAAUUGUACCAAAAUAAAUGUCUUUCUUUUCUUUUUUUAACUAUUUGUAAAAGGUAUUGGCAAAACGGGAAGGGAUAGCUAAAAAAAAAGGAAAAGGGAUUUGGGGAGGGAGGGCAAAUUUUUUUUUUUUUUGUAAGUACAAUUAAUAAAUGAACAUUGCAUUGAUUUCAGAACCAACGUGAAUGUUUUUGUGCUGCUUGUGGUAGCAUUAAACUGUACGGGCCUCCACUUGUAAAAACAAAUCUGGAACUCGGCCUUCAAAUAAUCGGUUUUAUUUAUUCUGGGCCAUGGAUCCUUGUGUGGCACUGGUCCAAAGCCGUUUACAAAGCAAGGGAGAUAAUAUCAGAUUACAGCAAUGAAUGACUUAUGACAGGGGUCUGCAAACUUGGCUCUUUGAAGACAAAGCUGGCUGAGGAACUCUGGGAGUUGAAGUCCACAAGUCUUCAAAGAGCCAAGUUUGCAGACCCCUGACCUAUGACAUAAUGAAGCAACACUCAUAUAAACAGCCUUCCUGAUGUUACAUGUCUGAUGGUCUCCAGAGCGUUAUAUGUACUGUAUAAUCUUGCUGGUUUUAAGUCUCUAACCCCCCACCCCUUCCAUUUGCAACUGCGUAUUCUGUCCUGUAAUAAAGAUGUCUUCUCUUUUUUU